AGGCGACCACAGCUUCUUGUCUAUUAGCUAGCCAACAACACAUUGAGUCCCUGCCCAAGCCUGUGACUCCAUUUUUAGCCAAUUUUGAGGCUACCACGGCAUUUACCCUCUUGGCUGCCGAAAAAUACAUUGCUUCCCUACCAAAGAAGGUAGAUCCUUUCUUGGCAAAUUAUGAAGCAACCACAGCUCGUGUAUUGUUACAAUCCAGCAAAUAUAUUGAGCAAACCAAGCCAUCAAUUAAAGAAUCGACACUGGCAAAGUAUGAUGCUUCGACGGCAUGUCAUUUAUUAAAAGCAUCAGAGUACGUUGCAUCCAUGCCCAAGCCGCCUUCACCUUUCCUUUCCAAGUAUGAAGCAACCACGGCUGCUACUUUACACGCUGCACAAAAAUAUAUCGAGAGUCUACCCAAGCCAGCCAAGCCGUUCCUGGCUCAAUACGAAGCAACCACAGCACUCACCUUGCUCCAUGCUCGAAGCUAUGUUGAGCAGCUGCCUAAACCAGUCAAGCCAUUCCUUGCAAAUUAUGAAGUUACUACAGCUGCUACCUUAUUGGCUUCUCGUAACUAUAUCAGCUCCCUAGAACCUUCCAACCAAAGUUCGAAACCAGCGUCCCGCGCCAUCUCUAGACAGAACUCUUCAUUUUCAGUGACCGCCAGUCCAUUCCACCCAACCAAUAACAACAACAGCAACAACAACAACACCAUACCCUUCCAACAGUCACCUGCGUCCAGUCCUCAAGGCUUGCUUGUGUCAGAUCAUGAUUCAGCCGCUGAUUCGGAACCCGAGACUGAAAAGGACUAUAACCAGGGCAGAGAAUCCGUCUUUGUUAUGGCAAAUACAUUUGCAGCUUAUGAUGAAAGAACUUGGGCUCGUUUAGAAAAAAUUCAAAAGCAAUCACAAAACCAUCUCCCCAAGAUGAAGUCGCGCUGCAAUUAUUGGCCCAACUGCACAAAUAAGCAUUGUAAAUAUUGGCAUCCUGUGAAAGAUUGUCGAAUGGGCGAUCAAUGUGCUUUCAGAGAGCGUUGUAUGUUCCUUCAUCCCGAGGAUUAUGGUAUUGUCGCUCGUGGCAAGAGAAAGAAUCAAAACAAGAAAAAUAACACGAAUAGCCACCACAACAACAAUAAUAGAAAGGAGACGACAGCAGGCAAUGCGAACGAGGCGUAUUAUUAACUUUUGGCACGAAACAAAAACAUAUAGUUUGUUUAAUACUAAAGAAGACGAUGUCA